AUUUAAUAUGCGGGGAUUCUUCACAUUUGCUAAAUCCUUUAUCAGCUUCUCCUCUGUAAAAACUCAACAAAUGAAAGUUUCAAUUAGAUUGUAAGCAUAAUUUUAAUUUGAAUUUAGAGUCAAUCAAUCAAUUAAUGGCUAAUUGAGAUUGUGUUCCACUUUAACAGCACUUAGAAUGGCUAAUCUGUAUGGAAUUUGGUAAAAGUCUUCAAUUGAGGAAUUUGAUGGUGGUAAUAUUGCCUGAAUACUUAGAAUCCGAAUUAGAUAUCCACAUUUCUCAACUUUUGUCAUUGUCUCUAAAAGCAGAACAACAAACGAUACAAGCCAAAAUUUGA